AUGAGCAAUUCCGAAUCGUCGCGCUUCACGACCCUGUCCGUCCCCCCCGCGGACGAGGCCUUUGCUGUCAACGGCGCGUAUCUCGCCGACACAUCGCCAGACAAGGUCAAUCUCGGGAUCGGCGUGUACCGGACAGACGAGGGGCGUCCGUGGCCGUUGCGGGUGGUAGAGCGCGCCGAGAACCAACUGCACGAGGAGCACGACGCAGCACGGCACGAGUAUCUUGCUAUCCGUGGGGACGUGGAGUUUCUCGACCUGGCCCGCGACCUGGUGUUUGCCUCGGCGGGCGAUAAGGAGGGGUCGGACGACCGCAUUGCGUCCGUGCAGACCGUCUCAGGCACGGGGGCCAACCGGCUCGGCGCCGACUUCCUCGCUCAACACCUGCGGCCGGGUCGUGUGUGGAUCCCGGAGCCGACCUGGUCGAAUCAUCACGCCAUCUGGACGUUCGCGGGCGUGGCCCGGGGUACGUAUCCGUACUAUGAUGUGGCGGGGAAGUGCUUUGACUGGGUGCGCACGGCACAGACGCUGAACGAACAGGCCAGCCCGGGCGAUGUCGUGGUUCUACACGCUUGCGCGCAUAACCCGACGGGUGCGGACCCGAGUAAGGAGCAGUGGGAGAAGUUCGCAGCGCUCUGUCAGGCUAAGGGGUUGAUUCCCUUCUUCGACCUGGCGUACCAGGGUUUCGCGUCUGGGAGUGUGGAGGAGGACUCCUGGGCCAUCCGGCACUUCUUCCACUACCAGCCACAGUUGGAGUUCUUUGUUGCGCAGUCUUUCUCGAAGAAUUUCGGGCUAUACGGCCAACGGGCUGGUGCAUUGCAUGUCGUGACAAGCAGCGCAGGGCUCUCGACUGGAGUUUCGCAGGCUGUGCUGGCCAACCUUUGCAGUCUGGUCCGGGGGGAGUAUUCGAUGGCGCCACGCCGAGGGUCCGAAAUCGUCAAGACCGUCCUGCGUUCCCCUGAUAUGCGCCGGCAAUGGCACGAGGAUCUGCAGCUUAUGAGUGGCCGGAUCAAAGCCAUGCGGCAGGCCUUGUAUGACAGAUUGGUCGCUUUGCAGACGCCUGGCACUUGGGAGCAUAUUUUAUCGCAGAUCGGCAUGUUCUCGUACACCGGCCUUUCCGAGAAUCAAGUCUUCGCUAUUACCCAACGCCAUCAUGUAUAUUUGCUCAAAUCAGGACGGAUCUCUAUCUCGGGUUUGAACGAAAGUAAUGUCGACUACGUCGCGAGGGCGAUAGAUGAUGUCGUGCGCACCGUGAUCUGA